AAAUGUGUCAUGCGACCGGGUGGUAUUUGUUGAUUGGUUGCAUAGCUGAACGAUGAUGGGUGAACGUACGGGAUUUCUAAUUCGAUUGAUCAGGACUUAUUAAGAAAGUGACAGAAUGUCACCAUUUGUCAAAAUUUUCGGAGUUUUUCCGCAUUUUCCAUGCAGGCCGUUGUAUUUCGUUUAACGCCGACCAAAAAUGGCAAUGGACACUAAAGUGCACAUAACGAAGAGCCCCUUUUCGAAAUACGGACACGAUUGCACCUUGGAUGAUCUCCCUGAUGAAUUUGAGUACAAUGGAAUCCCCAAUAAGGGCCUAAUGAACAAGUUUCGGCGCUGGCUGAUACGAUUAUGCGUCGUUUCCGAAUCGAGCAAGAUGUACACGCACCAUCUGCGCAGCUUCGGGGCCAUAGUGAAGGAGCGCCAGCGACAAGUGUUGAACUACGGCUUCAGAAUCCAUCCAUUUAGCCGAGCCUACCUCGUCUGGUCGUUUAUCAUGAUCUUCGCCAUUGUGGCGGAAAUAUUCUGCACAGCACUGGACUUCCUGCUGCACGACAUGGAAAAUUCGUUCAUCUACUCGCUUACUUGGGUGAUUCUCGGGAUAAUAAUCGACGUGAUUUUCGUGCUCAACGUGCUCAUGUGCUUCUUCACUGGAUACUACGACGAACCCAAGCAGGAAGUGGUGCUGGACAGCAAGCAAAUCGCUCUGCAAUACCUGAAAACUUUCUUCAUCAGCGACCUGUUGGCUUGUUGCCCUCGAAAUCUGCUCUACUGCAUCGGGUUGUCGUGGGCUAUGAAGCUGCUAGUGCACACACUGUGCUGCACCAAGUACCUACUCAUCAUCAGGUUCCACAAGCAUUUCAAGUACUGUGCCGAGAUUCUAGAUGUGAACUACUACACGUACAUGAUCACUUUGGUCGUGGUGUUCACGUUGCUCUACUGGCAUGUUGUGUGUUGCAUGCUCAAGUUCCUCAGGCACCGAUUGGGUUCCAAAAUGAACCGGAUUUUCCUCAGGGCCAGAACAAUAACGCAUGUGAUCCAAGAGGAAGCGAGCAGUUCUAAUCCGGUGCUGAACACGGUGCUGGGGGCCUUUUAUCGCGGCUCCCUUAUCAUCUACAAUUCCAGCUAUGGAAAAGUGUUGCCCGCCACCGAGGCCGAGAUCUUGCUAGUCUGGUUCGGAUGGUACGCAUCCAGUCUGUUUUUUAUCUACAUUCUAGCCAUCAUCAUGGAGAUCAUGAAGGGUAAAACGUCCGCCUCGCACAAAUACGUGGAAAUGGAGCGCCAGCUGAAGGACUACAUGCGUCACAAGCAGCUCCCCAUGCAGAUGCGGAGCAGGAUUCUGAUCUACUACGAGUUUCGCUUUCAGAAGAGCUACUUUCGGGAGAAUGAGAUCCUGGACACGAUUUCUGAGCAAUUACGACAGGAAAUAAACAUGCACGCCUGCAGGAAGCUGGUGGAAAAUGUGAUUUUCUUCAGAAACCUUCCAAUUAACCUGCUGGUGCGCAUCAUAUCCUGUCUGCGAAUCGAAGUUUAUUUGGUGAACGACAUAAUAAUCAAGGCAAACACUCCGGGCACCAGCAUGUACUUCAUAUCCACUGGCACAGUAGCGAUUUACACCAAGUCCGGUAAAGAGAUCUGCCACUUGGAGGACGGCUCGCACUUUGGGGAAAUUGCGCUGAUAAUCAAGGGCACGCUGCGAACCGCCUCUGUGAUUGCGGUUGAGGUCUCAGAAAUCUACCGGCUGGAUCAGAAGGACUUUGUGAAGGCCAUCAACCCGUACCCGGAUCUGUUGGCCAACAUUCAGCACAUCGCGGCCGAACGGAUGGAAGUCGCCUCCAUGUUGGACGACUACAACAAGAAGGAGCAUUCCACCAAGAGAUAGCGGCUCAAUUCCCGCUUUGAUUGUAGAUUUAAGCUGAAACGUUUUUUUCGUGAUGAUGAUUAUGAUGAUGGUUCCUCGAAGCAGGUAUGGGAUAAGUGUAGAUUUGCGUUCUGUUAUUAAAUCGAGUGUUUUGAGAGAUUUUGGAUGCGUUGAAGCCAACGUCAGCCAAUUAAUUCAGUAAAUACUGUAUGAAGCGGUUCUAGUAGAUACUGGUCAAAUGUAAAGGGUUGGUAAUUGACCAGUUUGUGGCCUAAUCGCUCAGUCAAAACCUUCCAUGGACUGAAUUAAACCGUCCGUAUUUAUUGGUA